UGCAUGCUGCACGCCAGACUUUUGAUGGCUGACUUAGAACAGCACUGUUAUAGAAGUAAACUCCAUUUGUUCAGUUUUACUUUUAAUUAUGUAUACUGCAUUUAUGUUCACAGUAAUUAGUUUAAACUUUCAAGAUCACAAGUUGCAACUGUUGUGGGAAAAGAAGCAAGUGCGCUGAAGGAAAGAAACUGGAGGGUCAGCGAAGACAGUUUCUGCUCUUUGAUUGGUUGAAACUACUGCUGAUCAUUUACAGCCGCUCGGCAGCACCUCCCUUAGACGCACAGCGGCAGCGCUGCUUUUUUUUUUUUUUUUUUAACCACCACAAUGAUAUUCAAGGCACUUGCGACUCGCCUGCGACUGUAGAGAGGGGCAAAGCACCCAGAAAAAGAAAGAACCUCACCUCCUCAAAAAACGAGUGAGGUAGGUAUAGAGACCAAGAGGCAGAAGAAGCGACAGGGAGAGAAGAGGCUGUGGAGUUAACAGAGAGGCAGCAGCGGCGGCUUGGAGCUCCAGCGAGGAGUGUCUAAUUUCGUGCGCUUUAUUAGAAAGUGUCUAGUUUGAACAGAGAUUCGAUAUGUCGUCGUCCGGGAAAGACAACAGCGGUGCUCAGCACGCCAAUUACGUGGGACCUUAUCGUUUGGAGAAGACGCUCGGGAAAGGACAGACAGGGUUGGUAAAGCUAGGAGUGCACUGUGUUACAUGCCAGAAGGUUGCCAUAAAGAUUGUCAACCGCGAGAAGCUCAGCGAGUCAGUACUAAUGAAGGUGGAGCGAGAAAUAGCAAUUUUGAAGCUCAUAGAACACCCACAUGUUUUAAAGCUACACGAUGUCUAUGAAAAUAAGAAAUACUUGUACCUUGUGCUAGAACAUGUGUCUGGUGGUGAACUGUUUGACUACUUGGUGAAGAAAGGCAGGUUAACACCGAAAGAGGCCAGAAAAUUCUUCAGACAAAUCAUGUCUGCACUCGAUUUUUGCCACAGUCAUUCAAUAUGCCACAGGGAUCUAAAGCCUGAGAACCUGUUGCUUGAUGAAAAGAACAACAUCAGGAUAGCAGACUUUGGUAUGGCCUCUCUUCAGGUUGGAGACAGUCUAUUGGAAACCAGCUGUGGAUCGCCACACUAUGCAUGCCCAGAAGUCAUCAGGGGAGAGAAGUACGACGGAAGGAAAGCUGAUGUCUGGAGCUGCGGGGUUAUUCUUUUUGCUCUAUUAGUGGGUGCACUGCCAUUCGAUGAUGACAACCUAAGGAAUCUCCUGGAGAAGGUGAAGUUGGGAGUGUUUCACAUGCCACAUUUCAUUCCUCCAGACUGUCAGAACCUCCUGCGUGGCAUGAUUGAAGUCGACUCAACUAAGAGAUUAACGUUAGAAAAGAUCCAGAAGCACUCAUGGUACAUUGGUGGAAAAAAUGAACCAGAGCCAGAGCAGCCUGUGCCCAGAAAGGUAACCAUCCGCAGCCUGCCUUCUGCAGACGACAUCGACCCAGAUGUACUGGACAGCAUGCACUCCCUGGGCUGCUUCAGAGACAAAAACAAACUUCUUAAAGACCUGCUCUCAGACGAUGAGAACCAGGAGAAGAUGAUCUACUUCUUGUUACUUGAUCGUAAGGAGAGGUACCCCAGCCAAGAGGACCAGAACCUUCCCCCUCGUAAUGAGAUUGAUCCUCCAAGGAAGCGGGUCGACUCUCCAAUGUUGAACCGUCAUGGCAAGAGGAGGCCAGAGAGAAAGUCCAUGGAGGUUCUGAGUGUCACUGAUGGAGGCUCACCAGUACCAGCCAGGAGAGCUAUCGACAUGACACAACAUGGACAAAGUAAAUCAGUGUACAGUAAAAGCUUGGAUAUUCCUGAUGCCAGAACAAAAUGCAGCAAAGAAGAAAGGUCGCGGUCUAUUAGUGGAGCCUCUUCUGGUCUCUCCACCAGCCCUCUUAGCAGCCCACGGGUUACCCCUCACCCUUCCCCUCGAGGCAGCCCUCUCCCUACCCCAAAAGGCACUCCAGUGCACACUCCCAAGGACAGCCCUGCAGGAACUCCAACUCCCACACCGCCCCCAAGUCCAUCCAUUGGAGGCAUGCCUUGGAGGACACGCCUCAACUCUAUCAAAAACAGCUUCCUGGGCUCGCCACGCUUCCACCGCAGGAAACUCCAAGUUCCUACGCAAGAGGAGAUGUCCAGCCUCACACCAGAGUCUUCCCCAGAACUUGCCAAAAAAUCCUGGUUUGGUAACUUCAUCAACCUGGAAAAAGAAGAGCAGAUCUUUAUUGUUAUCAAAGACAAGCCUCUCAGCUCCAUCAAGGCAGACAUCGUUCAAGCCUUCCUGUCGAUUCCCAGCCUGAGCCACAGCGUCAUCUCUCAAACAAGUUUCCGAGCAGAAUACAAGUCCACGGCUGGCCCCACAGUCUUCCAGAAGCCAGUCAAGUUUCAGGUGGAUAUCACCUACACGGAGAGCACAGCUGCCACAAAAGAAAACGGCAUCUACUCUGUUACUUUUACGCUGCUCUCAGGUCCAAGCCGACGUUUUAAACGAGUAGUCGAGACAAUUCAGAGCCAGUUGUUAAGCACACAUGAUCAGCCUGGGGUCCAACAGCUCUCUGGAAUUAUCCAGAAAAGCUAUUAAAGUCCCUCCUCCAGCUCCAUGCUCCACUCGCCCUCCCUUGACUACCCCCCUCCACCCCCUUCAAGCGUGCCAAGAGUGUCGGACAUUUGUCAGUGGAGGACUCCUUUCCGAGGGGUGCCGAAAACAGACUUCCACCUUCGACGGCACCCCAACUUUACCUCUGGUAACCAUUAGUAAAAGUAGAAGAAAAUCCUUUUUAGUGUUUCCUCCCUACUUAACCAUGAACUCCAAUCAUCAAACAGCUCCUGUUCUUUGUUUAAAUGGAUUUAUUUUAUUUUAUGGGGAAUCAAGCACUGGUCAAAAUCACUGAAAAUACAAGAAACAUGCACAAAAAACUCUGGGAUGUAUCGAUGUCGAUGAAACCGCCCUCCAAAAAAAUAAAAAAGACUUACAGAAAGGCGAGGAGGAGUUAUGGGAAGUCCAAACAGCCAACGCAGGCGCUUGCCGGAUUGUGUACGCUUUUUAUUGUACUUUCUUUGUGAUGAACUGGGUUUGAAUUUUGAAUUUUAUUAGACUUGAUACUAUUGCUGCAAAAUAGACUGAAAUCACGAUUUCAGAGAGGAUGUGCGUGUCAGCAAAACGGGGAUAUGGGGGACAUAAAAUGAAAGUAUGGGGGGUGCAGGGAGGGAUAUGUGGGUAUUUAAAAUGAAUGAUCUAUUCUCUUGUACAGACUGAAAGCAUUUUUAAUGUAAAAAAAAAAAAAAUGAAAUGUCUAGGUGUGACACUGUUAGAGAUCAUAGAAAUGGGCUGCUGAAGCUACGCCUGCCUCAUUCCAUUAUUUUAAAUUCUGUGUAUUUUUGUUACAUGAUCACUGUCUUUGAUCGACCUGGAAAUUACCUGAACAUUCACUAUUCUCUGCAGCACUUUCUUUGAUUUUCCAUCUGUACCUCUCUCUUAGUCUCAAAUACCAGCAGUAGGCGUAGAGGAACAAAAAAAAUGUGAUAAAUGCAAUUGUGAAUAUUUUUGUAUCGUCGUCCUUAUUUAUUCAUAUUUGUUCAUCUCACUGAUUCCUUAUUUAUUAUAACUUGGCUAUUUAUAUGGACAAAGCUGUUAGGUCAGUUGAAUGUUAUUUACUACCCUCUUGUGUGUUUGUAUAUGGGACAUUUAAAGAAAAAAAAGCUGAACAUUAUUUUCCGUUUUGUUUUGGUCCAACUUAAACAGAAAUAUGUGAACUUUGACAAAUUUUUCUAUUUCCAGACCUCACUGAAGAGGAAACAACUUGUUGGAACUCUGGAAAAGAAUGAUUUUAACAGUAAUUUAAGAAUGUAGACUUAGCCUCUUUUUGAAGAGGGAACAUGCUCUUCUAUUGAUAUUUAUCAAUUUCAUAUUAUCGUGCGUUGUAUGCCAGGCCUGAGGAGGAGGACUCGGCAGAUCUCGAUCUGCUUCUUCUCUUUGUAAAUAGACAGAUAAGCUUUGGGGGUUGAUUGUCUUCUCAACCAUGCUGGGGAUUCCUGCUCUAUGCUUUUAGCUUGUAUUGCUGUGUGCAUGUCAAACAUGAGCUUUUCUUUGCAUGGCUUUGGUGUUUAAUGUUCCAUGCCAAACCAACCCCUUCUUUCAGCCUUCAUUGAUUUUUCCCUCUACAGUACUGUUUUAAAGUUGAAAUUCCCUUCUCUCUGCAUUUAAUUCUGGCCUUUUAUUUUUUUACUCUCUUCUCGAUCCUGCUGAAUUUGUUUUCCUUCCUUCAGCUUGUGCACAAAGUUUUUAAACAAUGCUUCCUUUACUCUGUACCUCUCUGUGGAAAGCUUAGAGGUUUGGGCUCUCUCUGCCUGUUGGUUGAAGAGGCAGAGGGAGGGAAUACCACUACUACAAAAUCAAAGCAAUACCUGAUAUUCACCGUCUUUUUUUGUUUAUUACAAUGGGACGCUGGCAGCACUGAGGACAAAUUUUGACCCAGAUGGGUCUUUGUUUUCACAGAGCAGAAACAAAACUUAUGUAAUCCCCAUUCUAAAUAACUGUGAGCAUUUUCAGUGCUGAAACAAAUAAACUCCUUCAGUUA